AAGACAGUUUACGUAUUCUGAGCUUGUGACCAUCACUAACAACUUCCAAAAACUACUUGGAAAAGGAGCGUUUGGAUCAGUUUAUGCUGGGCAUUUGACUGACGACACUAAAGUCGUUGCAGUGAAGAUGCUUUCCCUACCGUCAACUCAUGAAGGGUCUAAGCAAUUUCGAACAGAGGCAAGUCUCGAUUACCCGUUUCAAUGAUUCUAGUUUCACUUCGGUGCUGGUGUCACACUACAGCAAUUGUUGUAUUUUGCAACAAGUUGAUGUGCAUUGGAAAAUACAGGCUCGAUUGUUGACAAAAGUCCAUCACGGAAACUUGGUUUCUAUAAUGGGAUACUGCAAUGAAGGUGGACACAUGGGGUUAAUAUACGAAUACAUGGCUAAUGGAACCAUAAAAGAGCAUUUAUCAGAGAAAAAUCCAAAUAUCUUGAGUUGGGAAAAGAGACUACAAAUUGCAUGUGAUGCAGCACGAGCAUUGGAAUACUUGCAUGAUGACUGCAAGCCGCCAAUAAUUCACAGAGACAUCAAGACUUCUAACAUAUUGUUGACUGAAAAUAUGCGAGCAAAGAUUUGUGAUUUUGGGUUAUCCAGAUUAAUGCCCUCUGACGGCAGGACUCAUGUCUUAACUGCAGUAGCUGGCACACCAGGAUACAUGGACCCUAAGUAUAUAGCAUCCAGUAAGCUGAAUGAGAAAAGUGACGUUUACAGCUUUGGAGUUGUGCUAUUGGAAUUAAUCACAGGGAAACCUGCAGUACUAGAAACCCCUGAAAACACUCUUUUGGUCAAUUGGAUUGUGCCUAUGAUUGAGAGAGCUGAAAUCAAGGAAAUCAUGGAUUUGAGGUUGAAUAGUGAUUUUGACACCAACUCCGCUCGAAAGGCCUUGGAGACAGCAAUGGCAUGUGUUGAAUGCAAUUUAAGUCAAAGGCUGGUGAUGAGACAAGUUGUGGCAAAUUUAAGAGAAUGUUUGGAGAUGGAGAAAGCCCGUGUUAAGGUUUGGAAGGAGAAUGAAGUGCACAAUUCUGCGUCCGGCAAUACAGUUUAUGUUAGUACACUUGGGAGUUCGGUUGGUGGUCCUUCUGCAAGGUAGAAUAUUAAGAGUAGUCUGUGAAUUUGUGUUAGAGAAUGUUGUCGAGCGAUAAUCUUGAUUAUUAUUUGUGGGGCUUGUGUGUGAUUGAUUGGAGAGAUACGAGAAGAUGAGAGCAAAGGAGAUGGAAGCCAAGGCUGGAGGAGAGUUGGGUUGUCUGGUGUUUAAGUUUUUGUGUUGAGAGUUGGUUUAUUUGUGUGGCUAGGGUUGAAUAUAUGUUGUAUGUGCACGUAUUUUGUUAAAGAUUAAUGAAAUCAGAGUCGAGUGUGAAUGAUUCUUCU